AUAUGUUUCCAGAAUUGAACAGUGUGUUGAAUAUCAAAACUUGUGACAGUAUAAUUGGAAAAUCUAUAACUAUUUCUGAAUCAGAUGUAGAUGGGCAGUUUUUGAUUCACCACUUUCUGUCUUUUUUCCUACGCAAUGAACACCCUGUAUGCCUUAUGACAUUAGCUCAGUCGUUCAACCAUUUCAAUACAGUUAGUAAGAAAUUUGGACUCGAUCUUACAAGUAAGCGGAACAAUGGACAGCUUGCAUUCGUCGAAGGACUUAAGCUGUUGGGCGAAUCCUUCAUGCUGGACGACAGAGAAAGUGAUGUGAACAAGGGUGAUAACCCCUUUGUGGAAAAUGGGAAAUUCAGUAAUGUGUUGUCACCAUUGCACUACUAUAUUGAAAAUAUAUGUAAUGGGAUGAUGAAAGAUACAAGUAAACCCCCAGUAUUAGUUGUGGAUGACAUUAGUGUUCUUUUGAGCACGGGACACACACUGAAAGAUGUAAUUGCCUUGGUUUAUUACUUACAGAAUUUUAUUUCUAAAUGUAAGGGAACAUUGAUUUUACACAUUAACAAAGGAAAGGAAUCAUGUGAUGAAGAUGCUGUGCAAGUGUGGAAGCAUAUGUGUCAUUUGUUUCCUCUUCAGAUUGAAGUUUGUGGCUUAAAUAGUGGAUAUUGCAGAGAUGUUCAUGGAGAGAUAAAAUUUGCUGUAGACAGUUUCCUAAACAAGCACCAAGUGAAGAAGACCAUGCAAUAUAAACUGACAGAUAAAUCCAUUGCACUCUUUGCAGCAGGCUUAUCAUCUGCAGUGCUGUGAACACCAGAAAUACCCAUUUGGAUGUAGAUGUUUUAUUUUUCAGGACAUUGCAAUAUAACUAAACAUCAAACCUACAGGCUCAUUUGUAAUAUACAAUGUAUCUGUUUGUCAGUAACAAAUAAUCUUUUACUUUUAUCUAUGCUAAAGUUCACAAUACCAAAAGAUGUCAAGAAACAUUUUAGAUACAUUCUUAUUGGCUCCUAAUAGUUAAAUCACUAGUAUCACAUUUAAUAAAAAGGAAAUAUAUGUUAUAAACAUAGUACUAAUUAUUUAUAUGGAAAAUAUACAACAGAUACAGUUACAUUUGCACUGCAAAAUGUGCACAUGUACAUGUUAUGAGAAAAUACUGAAAA